UCUAAAAGGGAGAUAAUCAAAGUUACAACAACAACAGACAGUGAUCAGGUUAAAAAGAAAAAUGUCAAAAACAUCCAAUAUUUUAAGAAAAACUUUACAUUUUGUCAAUCAAAAGCAUUUGAUAUGUCGAAGUUGUUAUUCAUCAAAACGAUUUGCGUACAAAUGGACAGAAAUAGGAAUUGGUCAGCCAGUGAACCCAGAGGUUCAGAUUUACCCCACAGGACAGCUGUUCUUGCACAAAAUUUUGUUCUACCGUGGAAUAAUUCUUCACCAUUGGCCAGCUAUGGUUCAUGAGAGGAUUCAAGUGCAGCCAGAUAACAUAAAAAAGAACAGCAAGACAAAACCAUACUACCAAGUGUUGGUAGAUGACAGCUCCGGGAUACAAACGAAAGCUGGACACCCAAAUGUUUCGUUCAUGCCACCACCUGAUCUGCGAAAGUACAUGACAAAGAGGGUACCAAUUGUUGAAUAUUCAGGUAUCGACUACGUUUCACAUGAUGACAUCUCCCCUCUGUUCCUGAGUAGGGACAGCAAGCCUAUACAACAUGAUCUACUGGAGCCGUUCUUCAUAAGGGAUGACCUAUCCAACGGUCCCCGCUACAUCAAGACGGACUCACUGCGACAGUUCCAGGAGGACCUUUACCCCUACCUACACAUGAAGGACGUCUAUCGACAGACAACCGAGAGCGUGCGCAUAACCGUCAUACCAUUCUAUGUCGGCAAGGAUGACAAACUGGGAGAGCACUGGUGGCGGUACUGUAUCCGGAUAGAGAACCUCGGAGAGGAGACUGUACAGCUGAGGAGUCGUCACUGGGAGAUCUUCAGUGGCUCGGGGCGGGAGCAGAUAUCAGACAGGGGUGUGGUUGGGGAAGAGCCUGUGCUGUCCAAGCUGUACCCAGUGUUUCAGUACCAGAGUCACAUUCACCUGGAGUCCCCUACAGGCACCAUGUGGGGAUAUUAUACUAUGGAAAGGGAAAAUGGUACAACGUUUCAAGUGAAAAUACCCACGUUCAAACUUGAGCGCCAUGAUAGAGAGAAAACCGUCCUAAUCACGCCGGACAACAAUAGUUCCAGUCCCACCACAUGAGUGGUGGCCAUACAGACUUAGUUUGGGCUGUGAUGAAAAGGCUUUAAGAGUUCAGGCUUGACCUGAUGUAUAUGAUAAUAUAUGAGUCGUGUUCUGAAAAAACUGGGCAUAAUGCAUGUGCGUAAAAUGUCGUCCUACAUUAGCCUGUGCAAUCCGCACAGGCUAAUCAGGGACGACACUUUCCGCCUUAACUUGAUUUUUCGGAAAGGAGGGACUUGCUUAAAACUAAAGAUACCAUAAAAGCGGAAAGUGUCGUCCCUGAUUAGCCUGUGCAGACUGCACAGGCUAAUGUGGGAUGACACUUUACGCUCAUGCAUUAAGCCCAGUUUUCUCAGAACGCGGCUCAUAUUAUGUUAGCAUGAUACACACUUUUCGUGCUAAAUCCUCUCCCUGCUGGUGUACAUAUAGAUAAUGCUUGAUCAAUGGACAAAUGCUCAAAGCAUUUUAUGUCAUUCUUCUGAAAUGGACUCAUCCAUGAAUAUUCUGUGUUCAAACAGGGAUUGUUCAGUGCAUGGAUUUGUUUGCACUUCUCACACUAAUCUAAGGUCAUUGAACUUUUUUUUUAAAGGGAUGUAACAAAUGAGUAAAUAUUGCAAAUAUUAUUUGUACAUUUUGUAUUAUCAGUGAAUUACAAUUUUUGUGUUUUUGGCAUAAUGUUAAGAAAAAAUUUGAUUUCUUAUGAUAGAAAAUAAUUGCUUUCCUUAGUAAAUUAUUUAAUCUUUA